AUGAUAAACUUCUAUGAAGGUCUUGACCUUGAAUGUUAUGAGUCGAUUUUAAAUGGUCCAUAUGUACCCAUAACUCUAAUUCCAAGGAAUCCUGCUGCUGGUGAUACGGUUGAAGUUCCUGCAAGGCACGUUCCCAAGCUCCGGAUAGAUUGGGACGAUGAAGAUAGGAGACUGGUGGAAGUUGACCAAAAGGCCAAAAGGCUUUUAAUCAUGGCUCUUCCAAACGAGAUUUUCCAAUCUCUCGACGCAUGUGAAUUCGCCAAGGAUCUAUGGGAUCAAUUGGCUAAUCAUCUUGAAGGAGGGAUAAAGAUGAAGAAGAACAGACGUGCUCAAUGUCUUAAUGAGUACAACCGCUUUCAAGCUCUCCCUGAUGAGUCUCUCGAGCAGACUUAUCACCGCUUCAACACUCUAAUCAACAAGUGUAGAAAGUGCAACGUGACUAGGACUCAAGAAGAGAAUAACAUGCUCUUUUUGAAAAGGUUGCAUGGAGAAUUGGAAAACUUGUCAAUAUCCUUUCAGGAGAAUCAGGACCUGGAAUAG